CUUGGUUGGAUCCACGCGGUGGGGUUGGCGGUGAUGUCGGGGUGUCAUCCCAUGGCGUCCAUGCCGUGCAGGGUGUACGUCAAGGUGGGCUCCCACGCUGCCUUCUCCCCCUGCCUGCUGGCUGCCAGCUCUCCGCAGAGCCUCUUCCACUGCCGUCUGGGCCAGCAGCCCCUCGCCUCCUGCUACGACACCUUCGCACCCCACUUUGCCAUCCGCUGGUGCAACCUCACCCUGCUGCAGGUGCUGCCCACCCCCACGGCACCGGGACUGGUGUGGGGUCCCGGGGUGUUGGAGGGGAGCGGGGAUUUCCAGCCCCCCACUUCGCCCCCCCCCAAAGAUCUGCUGCCUGCUUUCCUGGUGACGCUGCUGGUGCCGCUGGCGGUGGCUGCGGUGCUGUGUGUGGUGCUGGGCCACCUCAUGUGCUGCCGUCGGGAGGGAGUGGCAAAGCGGGACUUGGAGACGUCUGAGUAAGUCCCUGGGGUGAGCUGGG